AUGCCGCCCCAACCACUACCAUAUGAACUAUGGUCCCACAUCCUCUCCUUCUGCGUAGAGCAGCCCGACAUUGACGGAUACAUCGACACCCACACCCUGGCCAACGCUUUACGUGUCAGCUCGACCUUGUUCUUGGCCGCUGCCCCCCAUCUCUACUUGAGGCCUGCUGUCGCCAAAGAUCCUUACAGCUUUGUACUCGGCGCCAAUCACGAUACUGCUGUCUACCCUUCCUCCUUCUGGUCAACCGAGCAAAUCGACUACGAGUAUCUGCGCUGGGGCCACAAGAAGGCGCCCCUUCUCCGUCAUCUUCGCCAAGUCACAUUCUUCAGUGUCUACAGCAGUGGCUUCACCGACACCGCGGCGCCUGAUCCUUACGCACACAUCAUUGCUUCCAUAGGCGAAGCCAACGCCAUCCUCGCAGACAUAUUGCAUAAAUGCAGUGACAGGAUUGCGCCCAAAUUUGAAACUCUCUGCUUGCGUGACCCGUACGAGCUUCCUCCUUACCAUAUACCCAUCCCUGCGUACCAGCACUUCGUCCAACUGUUCACCCGCGCCUUCAGACCCACACUUCUUUGUAUGGACACUGUAGACCCUACGUUCUCUCCCAAUCUGAACAAUUGCGAAGGAUACACUCUCCCCGAGCUGGUCGUCAUUCAUUGCGACUUGGACUGGAAGCUGAAUGGAGUUUGGGGAACAAGAAAUCGGGUCUGCCUUGUGGACUCGAAAGCGCGGGCAGGGCUGGAGCAGCUUGUGGAGAGUACUGGCAACCUGGAUCUGGGCGGUGAGGAUUCUGAGGGUGGACACGAGGGAGACGUGGCGACCACGAUGGGCCCAGUGAGCUGGGAGGAUAUCGGAACCGAGCAGGGCCAGGACUUCCAAACUGCUUCUCUUGAAGUUUCGCACCACUCGCACACCUCUCAUUACGCUCCCCCCGCCGCCCCGCCCGUCGCUGCAGACGAGCUCUACCUCGUCGCGUUUGACCCGGAAGACUUUGACGAAGACGAUGGCGGCUACCCAGAAGACGACUACACCUGGUCUGACGACGAGGGGGCCUAUGAUGACGGUCUUGACUAUCUUCAUGAAGAGGCAAACACGGCGCUUCGAGAAAGCCGUCAUGCCGAAGGGCGAUAUACAGAAGACGAUGUCGUAUACAUGCUCAAAGACUUUUUGAAACGCGCUUCUCAAGGGUGCAAUCGCAAUGACAAGAAGAAACGCAAUGCCAGCGCGGCAAAGACGAGCUUUGAGAUCUUUGGCCUGCGAACCUUUAUGACUACCAAAUGGCUUGAGAUUGGGGACCAUGAGUGGGCGCCCGAGGACACUGAGGAAGUCAUCUGGGAAAGGGGGUUGAAGAGGAUCAGGGAUAGCGUGUUGGACUAUUUGGAGACGGAGCUCAGGAUCCAUCGAAGGGAAGAGUUGCUGGUGCUCAGGAUGGAAGAGGUGCCUGUUUGCGAGGCGUGUGGGAGGGGUCCGAGAGUUAAAUCCCGCAUGGACGAUGAUGAUUGUUAA